AAAAAGAGAAUCGCCGCAUUUCAUUCGACCCCUCCGUUUCAUCUUCUUUCUCGCGAUCUUUGGGGCGAGACCCUCGCCACGCUUUUGCGGCGGCGCCGCCCUUGCAAUGCAACGGCGCUGCGGGUCAAGGCACGCCGUCGACCCCCGUCCGCCGUGCCGGCAACCGCGCCCCGGCCACCGCUCCUUCCUCUGCUCCGGCCUCCGGCGUUCCGCUUCCCCUAUGGCGCGAAGGAAGUGAGGGUUCACAGUCACCCACUCGCUCCUCGCCUGCGCCCAUCAUGCGUAGAGCCGGUGAGGGGUCCGUCGGCGGGCACAACGUGGUAGGAGGACUUGGGAUCUGCCAGCAUCCAGGAGAAAUCCUCUUGCUCUCCCAGUUCGUCUCUUCCACGCGAUUGCCGGCGACCGGCGCUUUCAUCAGUACACGAGUUGAGAAUGCACAACAUGGCUGCAGCGAGUGGCAGACACAAUUUCCGCGACCUCUGCGACGAGCUCCUAUGGCGUGUGUUGUCCUUCCUUCCACAGGACGAUGCCCUGCAGGCCUGUGUGCCACCCGGUGGCGCAACCUCUAUAGGGGCGACCAACCUGCUCCUCGUUUUGAACAGUUGGUGAAGCUGGUCAACCUGUACAAUUUCUAUUUUUGGGUGAAGUUGGUACCGACUGGGAGUCUGGUAGUUCUUGCAGAUUUUACUUCUAUCCAGGGACUGUAGCAAGACAUAUCGGAAGAUCAUAAUUCAAUCUAAGAUGUCGUCCGAAAUCAAAGAUGAUCCAUUUAUAAUUUGAUGUCGAAAUUAUUAUGAUGAUCA